AGAGCUAAGGCUCCUCAGCCUGGGAAACUAUUGUAACAGAGACACCCGAGUUUACGUAUGAGGAACUUGGGGCACGUGAUUCACCCCAGGCCAUUUAGCCUGGAAGAGGUGUGCUGGGUUUCCCAGUGUACAGGCCAGUCUUCAGUCCUGAAAGCAUGGGGAAUACGCAAUGCCAUUGUGAAAACUUGGAUCUUUACCUAUAUGGGGGUUUAGGGCUGGGGGUGCUCCUGCUCCUGCUCCUGCUUGUGGUCGUUCUGUCCAUCUGCCUGUAUCGGCUCUACAGGAGAGUGAAGAGGCUGGAGAGAAGCUGGGUCCAGGCCUCAAAACAGGAGCUCCACUAUGCAUCCUUGCUGAGGCUGCCUGAACGCGAGGGACCUGACAUCCAAGGAAGGGAAGGCAACAAGGAGGACCCCAGCGGGGACUAUGCCUGCAUUGCCAAGAACAAACCCACCUGAAUACCUGCAGAUGCCUCCCCCAACCCAGGGCCAUCCUGUGGUUCACCCAGUAAAGACCAUGGUCUCACCA